GCUCCUUCUGAAUUAGUUAAACUCGGUUCAGUUAUACAAUACUCCUCAUCACUCCAGCCGGCUCUGCCUGUGCUAGGGCUCCACUUAUCCUCAGACCACCUAUAUGAUUUCAUUAACUGUAAUUACUGAGACGCAUAAAACUGUUUUAUUUUUCAAGCCUAGUGUUUAAGUUCGGAAUGAAACUUUAUUUUGUGGUUUAGGGAAACCUGCAUACCAGUAGGUGUAUCUGACCCGCUCCUGUUUAGCAAAAUAGUUUUUCUGUCAUUAAAAGAGUAAUAAACUGUUUUAUUAUUGGAGAGAUUCGCUGUUCAUUACGUUUUUAUUGACAAUCGUACUAAUGCGGGAUUCGAACCACGCAAUCAAGAGGCAGUCGUUGCUCGCGCGCUCCUCAGUUACGUUACGUUAUUUCCUCUUGACGUGUGUAAUGAUUGGUCAGAAAAGGCUGGGCUUAACGGAAUGGACCAAUGAGAAUCCGUUACGCGAUUUACGAAUGAGGAAGUUAAACUGUAGCUCCUCUGGCGGGAGUUUUCUACUACAGGGGGAAAAAGGUGUUACAGAAAAAGCUAACAGCUGCUGUGGAUGUGAGAGAAACAAGCUAAUAAACACCGUCCAAGUUCACAACGAAGACCUUAAUAGUCAUCUAAUAUGAAAGCAGCUAUUGACAAGAUUUUGUCCUUAUCGGAGGGAGAUGGAAUAAAGGAGCUCCAGCAUCACCUCACUUCUCUGUCUCACGAUCAGUUGACUGCACUGAUCACAAAUGCCGCCCUGAAAGGAAAGGAUACUGCAGCCUUGAUCAAAGCUAUAUUCAGAGGCUCACCAGUGAGUAGUUCAGAUGGGGCCAGUCGCAGGUUGUGUGUGUAUAAGCACUGUAUUCCUCUCUGUCAAUCGGGAGACCUACAGACAGAGGUGGCUUCAGAUAUUAUCGGGUUGCUAAUGUUAGAGACACAUGCUCUACCUGGCCCUGCAUUGGCAGCGUUGGCAUCUUUAUAUGUCGAUGCAAUAAAAGGGGGUGAAAUGGGUAGUGGUAAAUCACUGGAGCUCUUCCCUACCAUCCUCACUGCCCUGGCAGCUACAGAGACUUUAGCUUAUGGCAAAGGAGAGUUAAGUGGAGAGGAAUACAAGAAACAGCUGAUCAAUAGCCUUUGUUCAAGCAGGUGGGACCCGCAGUGUGUGAUCCAUCUUACCACCAUGUUCAGGGAUGUGCCCUUAUCUCCAGAGGAGCUGCAGUUUCUGAUUGAGAAAGUCCUGAGGAUGUUCCUUAAGUUGGACCUGCAAGAAAUCCCCCCUCUAAUUUACCAGCUGCUGCUUCUGUCUGCCAAGGGUUGUAAAAGGCUCCUGCUGGAAGGAAUUAUUAACUACUUUCGAGAACAGGACCUUUGCCAGAAAGAAGAGCAGAGCAAAGGAGAGAGUAAGGAUGUUGAGGUGCAAACCAUCCCACAGGACCAGCUGAGACAUGUGGAAGGAACUGCUAUUUUGCACAUUGUAUUUGCCAUUCGCCUUGAUCAUGAGCUUGGCAGGGAGUUCUUAAAAAGCAUCAAGGUAUCUCAGGGUCAGCCACUGUGUCCUUUCAGUAUUGCUCUGCUGCUUUCUGUGGCUCGCAUUCAGCGCUACGAAGAGCAAGUGUUUGAGUUCUUGAAAGGUGCAAUCACUAAGAAUUUCAAGGAUGAGCAAGCUCAGCAAGGUUCUAAGUUUCUGCAGGAUCUGCUACCCUCAUGCCACAGUAUCUCUCACAUGAUUAUGGACACGGUCAGAAACAGUGUCUUUGGCUGGGAUCACGUCACACAGAGCCUGGUGCAGUUAGGCUUCAUCCUUAUGGACUUAUUUGGACCAAAGGCAGGACCUUUUGGGAAGACCACUGAAAUUCCCACUGCUACAGCUAAAACACCUUCCCAACUAGCAUGUAGACUUGGUGGGCAAGUUCUUCUAGAGAGCUUCAAGAUGCAUGAGCCAAUCAGGGGAGAAAUCCUGGAACAAGUCCUGAAUCGAUUGGUUACUAAGACAGCUUCACCAGUUACACAUUUUAUUGACCUGCUUUCCAACAUUGUGAUAUCCGCUCCCAUGAUCCUCUUGGAGUCCUCCUCAAAAGUGAUAGAGACUUUUGACCAGUUAUCUUUCCUGCCUCUUACCACAGUGCAGGGGCUACUCAAAGCAGUGCAGCCACUGCUCAAGGUCAGUAUGAGCUUAAAGGAUGCCCUAAUUUUGGUGCUGAGGAAAGCCAUGUUCUCCAGCCAGUUAGAUGGACGGAAGUCUGCUGUGGCUGGCUUCCUCUUGCUGCUGAAGAACUUCCGGGUCUUGGGGAGUCUGGCCUCCAGUCAGUGCAGCCAGGCGCUGACCUCCAGCCAGGUCCAGGCAGAUGUCCACUCGCGCUAUAAUGCUGCUGCUAAUGAGGCUUUCUGUCUGGAGAUCCUGAGCAGCCUCCGCCGCUGUCUCAGCCAGCAGGCGGAUGUGCGUCUCAUGCUGUACGAGGGAUUCCAUGAUGUUCUCCGACGCAACUCUCAGUUGGCAGGGUCCAUCAUGCAGACCCUUCUGUCACAGCUGAGGCGAUACUAUGAGCCAGAGCAGGACCUUUUGCCACCUGUGAAGUUGGAGUCUUGCAUAAAUGCACAGGGAGAUCAGGUCUUCCUCCAGGAGCCUCUGGCUCACUUGUUCUCCUGUACCAUCCACUGCCUGCUCUGGUAUCAGAGUAUGCGAGAUGCCUCCGGAGGUGAGAGUGAUGAUGAAGAGGAAGAUGAAGAAGGGUUCCAGGAUGAACUCCAUGCAAUUCUGGAGAGUGUAACUAGACGCAUGAUCAAGUGUGAGCUGGAGGACUUUGAGCUGGAUAAGUCUGCUGAGUUCUCCAUGGCAUCCAGUGUUGGGGUGAAGAACAGUAUAUAUGCUGUGCUGGUGAUGGGAGUGUAUGAGGUUCUCAUAGAAUACAACUUCAUCACAGGCAACUUCAGCAAAAGCCGUUUUCAGGAUGUCCUGGAGCUUUUUAAUCGUUACAACAAACUGGCUGAGAUUCUGAGGGAGAAGUCAGGAAAGGGCCGGACACCCUCUAGUAAAACUCCCCGGAGUCUGCUCUCUGUUGGAUUUGUAUCUACCCUACUGACUGCUCUCUUCCGAGACAGUACUCAGACUCAUGAGGAGAGCUUGUCAGUGCUGCGCUCCAGUGGAGAGUUUCUUCGCUACAGUGUGAGCGUAGCCCUGCAGAAGGUUCAACAGCUGGAAGAGACAGGCUACACAGAUGGACCUGAUGGCCAGAACUCUGACAAGACUUUCCGCCAUCUCUGUGAAAUCACUAGUGUGCUGAUGUGGCGAUACACCAACAUCCCAUCAUCUGUGGAGGAUGCUGGGAAGAAGGAGAAGAAUUACAGCGUGUCUCUGCUGUGUCUGGAGGGGUUGCUGCGUAUCUUUAGCACCAUCCUACAGCAAUACCCCACCAAAGUGUCCAGCUUCCUGUGUUCUCUUGAUGUUUGCAGAGAGGAGGAGGAGGGUGCCCCUGAAAAUGCCAACUUGACAGAAAAGGCUGCCUUCUACAUUCGGCAAUUUCAGCGUGCCCUGUUCAGUCAGCUGAGUGGAGGAGAGGAGGACUUCAGCAGCAGAGAGGCCCAGCUGCUAGUCAGCAUCCUCAGUGUGCUGUUCCGCCUGCUGGAGCCCACCUCCCAGCAGUUUCUCCAGAUGAUUACCUGGACAGUAAAAAUUUGCAAAGAAACUAGCUUCGAGGACAUAUCCUUCAGUAAGGGUCUACUGUCUCUGCUCUUCAGUCUGCAUGUCCUCUACAAAAGUCCUGUGUCUCUGCUGUGGGAGCUCUGUCAGGACAUUCACAGUCAGCUAGGGGACAUAGACCAGGAUGUGGAGGUGGAGAAGCAGUCUCACUUUGCAAUUGUAAGCAUGAAGACAGCAGCGUCCACCACGCUUUUAGUGUUGUCUCAGGUAGGGAGGGUAUUGGAUGAGGUGGACUGGUUGAUUGCCAAGAAAAAAGGCCAGUUAACAUCUGAUAGAACAACUACAGGAGGCACCUCACAGCCGUCAGCCCAGCAGGACCCUGUGGAAAAAGCAAUGACUCUGCAGUUAGGCACACUGCUGACAGCUCUGAAUGAGCUUGUGCAAACAGCUCUGCCUCCUGGUGCCUGCACAGACGCCCUGCUGCGAGAGCUCAGCCGAACCUACACCAUUCUCACCACCCUAAUCAAAUACUAUAUCCAGUUGUGUGUAGCUCAUCCUGGUCAACUGCCUGCUCGUCUGGAGAAACUGGUGAAGCUAUCAGGCUCUCACCUCACCCCUCAGUGCUACUCAUUCAUCACAUAUGUACAGAGUGGUGAGAUGAAUGGAGGAGUAAAUGAGAGGAAGAAGAAAAGAAAAGAAGAGGAAGCAGUUGUGGCUGCCUCUGCUAAGGUUCUACGUGAUACCAAAUCUAUACCCACUCUGAUCUUCAAUAUUGAACAGUAUGAGAAGUUUCUAAUUGUUCUCUCCAAGAAGUCAAAGGUAAAUCUGAUGCAGUAUAUGAAGCUGAGCACUUCUCGAGACUUUCGGAUCAAUACUGCCACACUGGAGGCUGCACUACAAGAGCAGCACGAGAGCCAGCAGACUGACACUCAAGCUUCUGAGGAGAGUGAGGCUCCCAAGAAGAAGAGAAGAAAGCAGUGAAGGAAAACAAAUUUUUAUGUUGGAUCUUCCUUUGGAUCCUCAGUCACCAGCUGUGCAUGUUUAACUGUUGGCCUUUUCC